UUCAGUCCCGCGAGAGUGCUGGCAGUGCGCACGCGCGGGGGCUCGCGGGAGGUUUUUGUGGAUGAAAUUAGUGCGCGCGAGAGCCCCAGUUUGCUCAUUAGAGCGAGUUUAGUGGGAGAAACAGCUCGCGGCAGUUUGGUAAGGUAAUAGCAUUGAAAGGCUACUAAAUGCAGCUUAUAAAACGUUCGUUGGCGCGAGACACUCCUUACUGGCGCGUCUUUUGAGUGUGCGCGCGAGAGGCUUCUGUAAAGUUCUAUAAAGCGCGCGGGACGGCUUGAAUGCCGCAGUUUUGCGCGCGAGAGACUCACUCCAGCAUCUGAAACGUUCGUGCACGAGCCAUUACUCACUGCAGCAUCUGCACCUCGGUGCAGCGUGUAGCCUCUGCUGCACGAGCUCCUCUCCUGAAGGGAGUUGACCAUGGCGCGCGCUGAACCAGCGGACACAGCUCGUCCUGGACCGUUCAAACGACGCGGACGCGUGUCGUGUAGCUAAGAAGAGAGGAGCUCGUGCAUGGCAACUUGUGCACAGGUACAUUUCUCGCCACGUGCGGUGUGCGCGCGCGUCUGAGUGGAAGAGCUCUGAGGAAUGGCCAACAUGUUUCUCGCUGUCCAACUUUGGGUGAUUCUGGGUUUGAUCAGCCUCUUCACUGAAGGCAGGUCAUCGCUGUGGCCAGGAGACGCCCAGAACAUCCAGUCAUUUGAACUGUCCACUUCUGCUGACCCAAAGCGAAAUCCCAGCCAGUACAGAAACGCAAAGAUCCUGCUGAGUAAAGGCACUCAGGCUCAUCAGACUCAUCAGACUCAUCAGACUCAUCAAAGACCCAGACGUUGUACAUGCUUCUCUUACAAGGACAAGGAGUGUGUCUACUACUGUCACCUGGACAUCAUCUGGAUCAAUACUCCAGAGCGGACUGUUCCUUAUGGCAUGUCCAGCUAUCGCGGCUCUCAGCGGGUCAGGCGCUCCAGUGGUGUGGCAGGCACAGAACGUCAGCGCUGCAACUGUACAGACUGUAAUGACACACAGUGUCAUAAGUUCUGUGAAACAAGACGAUUUCACCAAAGGAAUCAUUCCGCUGGUCUCAAGACAGGCAGAGCCUCAUCAGCUGGACUAUUAAGAAAAUGAAGCUUCUGGUCUUCGCUCCGCUUUGAACUCUCAUCACCUCUGAGAUCGCCAGACUGAGUGGCCUACAUGGCUCAUCUGGCCUUUCCCACAGCUGAACGUGAGGUCGCCUCUCUGAAAAGGAAAGGUUGUGAAGGAUGUCCACUCUGAAGUAAAGACCUGAACCCUGAAUUUGACUCCCGGGUGAUCUGUGGACUGGCGUUGGGCUGAAUUAUGUCGGAAAGGAAUCCACAGAUGUUUGUUUCAUUAUCCUGAACUCCAGUCCUCAUUUCAGUGGAAAUUUUGGAAUGUUUUUUGUCCCUUAAUCCACAAUCCAAAAAACAGUUUUAUAAGCAAUAAGACGAUACCUGCAAACAAAAGCGACGAAGACUACUGUAUGUGGGUAAAAUGGUGGACCUCAAACAUCCUGGAGGAAACUAUAAUUUGUACAAAAAUGUAUAACAUACAUUGACUUCCAUGCUUUUUUUCCCUCUAAUCUUGUUUUUGAGACACCUCUGCUCAAAAGAGGAAACCAUGUGCAUCAAAUGUUACGUUCUAAUCCUUGUAUACUUGUAAUCUUUGUAUAUCUUAUGUAUCUAACAGUGAUACCGUUGUAUUUUACAUAUUGCAUAUGGCUAUAUGUUUAUUGCAUAGAUCUUUCAUUUUAUUUACAACAUUCAAAUUCACGUACGACUUCACUUACAAAUUCUUUGCACAGUACAAAAACCUGUAAAAGAACAAUAACAUUUAAAUAAUUUUUUAUAACUAAUAUUUUCAUCCCAGCUUCGUUUUAGUUACCUUCUUCUUUUUAUCUGUUCAUUUUCAUGGUUUAACACCUGGUGACACCCUGAUAGCUGUACUAGAAACAGGUUUUAAAGAUAUUUUAAACUAUUUUAACUAUUAGCAUUACUUUUAAUGUCCACAUUAUUGUCCAUAGAACAUUUUGUCGCUUUCCUAACCAAAACGUAUAUCUCCAAAAGGGUAACUUUACAGGAGAAGACUAACACCUUCUUAAUGUUUAAUGUAAGUCAAUGUAAAAAGAUUCUAUUCCGAAUGAUUUUGAAGCGUUUCUAUUGAUCCAUUUGUCAUGAAAUGUUGACAUAAUGUAAUGCUGUGACAUAAAAAUCAUUCAAAAUGAUUUGAAAUUGAAAAUUUGUCAGAGAUUAAAGAUGACAAAAUGAAAGAGAAAUGGAGAUGCAUGGUUUUGACAUGACAGUGAUGAGAUAUAAUAUGCAGUCUCACCUUAUUUAUAAGAGUAAAUAGAUACUUUU